GUUAUUAAAAAUAUCGGCAAACUAAAACAGUGGACGGGUGAAAAGUUUGGUUCUGCCAAAUCAACCUCACAAACGGAAGACUUUCAACGUCUUGAAGUUGAAACUGACCGUAAACGCGCUGCAUUUGAGAAACUCCACACUUCGAUCCUUCUCCUCCAAUCCCAGUUAAAGAAAGUCAAAAUAUCCCCAGAAGAUAACAAAACCAAACGUCCCCCUCACGAUGUCUUUGGGGUCUGCCUCAAUCUCUACGGUAACGAAUUCAACGAAGACUCACCCCUCGGUAUUGCUACCAUCAACGUAGGUCAAGCUCAAUCUCGUUUAGCCGCUUAUCAAGAAGAAUUUGCAGACAGUGUGGGCAUGAGUUACAUUGAAAAGUUGGACGAAGGCAUGGCACUUUAUAAAGACUAUCAGAAUUUAAAGAAGAAAUUAGAGUCUAGACGAUUGGAUUUAGACGCUAAAUUGAAUAGAUUACAAAAGUCCAAAAAGGAAAAGCCAGAAUUGGAACAGGAAAUGCAAGCAGCCAAAAUGAAAUAUGAGGAUACUGAAUAUGAUUUGAUACAAAAAAUGGUAGCUUUACAAGAUUUCGAGGAUGAACAUUGCGCUGUCCUCAGACAUCUUUUAGAUUUACAAUGCGAAUAUUUAAGCCGAUCUCUAGAGACAUUAAAUGAAGUGAGAGAUAACUGGACACAGCCUCUUGUACCACGCUCACAGAACAAUGGAGGCAACAGCAAUAGCCUUCGCCGUACAUCAACUAUGGCUCAAUCUGCUGCUAGUAUUCCUGACACAGAUAAUACAAAAAAUAGAAGAAAGGCAAUUUUUGAAUUUGGUGGGGAAAGUGCCGACGAACUAUCUUUCCGUAAAGGCGAUAUCAUCACUGUAGUGGAGGAGGUAGAUGAAGGCUGGUGGCUCGGUGAAAUUACUGAAGCUAACGGCAUGAUUCGUCGUGGUAUAUUCCCUGUCAAUUAUACAGAGGCCGUAAGCAAGAUCAAUAAUGGCAGUAAUGGGGGGCCUCCUAUGCCAGCGAGACCCAAUCUGCGUGCACGUUCCUCUAGCAACUCUACUCAACCUUUAUCCUCUUCCUCUUCACUACAGCAACAUGCUUAUAUACCAGAAGAAGAAGAAGAAGAGCAGCAUGAAACAGGUGGUUAUGAAGACGAAGUUGAAGAAACAAGUCAUAAUCCAUCACCGUUUGGUGAUUCCAAUCGUACGAGCAGUAGCAGUGCCAGCGACAACAAUAAUAGAGGAUUUUCAUACAUUAGACCCAAUAAUGAUAAUGAAGGACAACCUACCAAUACUCUUCCUCCAUCAAAACCCACAUACAAAAUGAACAGAAUUCCACCUCCUCCACCUGCUUCUCGUACGAGAAGCAAUAGUUCCGUUCGUGGACCUCCUCCGCCUAUGCCAUUACGCAGUAGUACC